UUGCGUUCUGCUGCUAUAGGCUGCGCAUGAAUGGCCCUCGCUAUUGGCUGCUGUGCUGACAUAUAGGACUGCGCUGGCGCGGGAUGAGGGUUGGCGGUUCAACUUUUUACGCAAUGAAAUAUCAGUCUACCAGACUGUGAAUUUCACUCGGACAGAAGCAGAAUUAUGGACCUAUGACGAACAUCAUGCAUUUUCCUAUAUAUCUGGAUUAACGAUUGUCUACUUUGUGCGAACAGUUAUUUUCUCCCUUAAUCAAGAGUUCAUGUCGUAGGACAAGUUUUGGCAAAAUGUGUUUAUUAUUUAUUUUCAUAUUAUCAACUUUAGAAAUAUGUCAGUCGCUGGCCCCACGGAACGUUUAUACAAAUCACUGGGCAGUGCGUAUUGCAGGGGGACAAGAAGAAGCGAAUAAACUUGCUGCGAAAUAUGGAUAUGACAAUUAUGGACAGAUCGGGAGUCUGGAGGACCAUUACCAUUUCCAUCACAGCCGGGUUGUGCGCAGAGCAGCUUUCUCCACUAGAGGCGCCCACUCCUUUAUCCACAUGGAUCCAAAGGUUGACUGGGUCCAACAGCAGCUAGUGAAACCAAGAAUAAAGAGGUACAUCAAAAGUUACACCAGAAGCCCUGACUCCAACUUUGUCCACUUCAAUGAUCCCAAAUGGUCCAACAUGUGGUAUAUUCACUGCACGGACAAGAACAACCGCUGUCGGUCGGAGAUGAACAUUCUGGCUGCGUGGCAGAGAGGUUACACUGGCAAGAAUGUUGUGGUCACCAUCCUGGAUGAUGGCAUCGAGAGGAACCACCCUGACCUGGCGCAGAACUAUGACCAACUGGCGAGUUAUGAUGUCAAUGGGAAUGACCAUGACCCAACUCCUCGCUAUGACUCUAGCAACGAAAACAAACACGGGACACGGUGUGCCGGUGAAGUUGCAGCUGUGGCCAAUAACUCCCACUGCAUUGUGGGAAUUGCAUACAACGCACGCAUUGGAGGUAUCCGCAUGCUGGACGGUGAUGUGACGGACGUUGUGGAGGCUAAGUCCCUUGGCAUCAGACCCGACUACAUAGACAUCUACAGCGCCAGCUGGGGACCCGAUGAUGACGGGAAGACCGUGGAUGGACCAGGCCCUCUGGCCAAACAAGCCUUCGAGAUGGGGAUCAAAAAGGGCCGUAAGGGACUGGGCUCCAUCUUUGUUUGGGCGUCUGGAAACGGCGGUCGCCAGGGUGACCACUGUUCAUGUGACGGCUACACCAACAGCAUCUACACCAUCUCCAUCUCCAGCACCACGGAGAACGGCAACAAACCCUGGUACCUGGAGGUCUGCUCCUCCACCCUGGCCACCACCUAUAGCAGCGGGGAGUUUUAUGACAGGAAGAUAGUGACCACGGAUUUGCGGCAGCGCUGCACAGACGGCCACACUGGUACCUCUGUUUCUGCUCCCAUGGUGGCCGGGGUCAUUGCCCUCGCCCUGGAGGCCAACCCGUUGAUAGGCUGGAGAGAUGUCCAGCACCUGUUAGUCAAGACGUCUAGGCCUGUCCACCUGAAGGCCAAUGACUGGAAGACCAAUGCAGCCGGGCACAGAGUGAGCCACCUGUAUGGGUUUGGGCUGGUGGAUGCUGACGGUAUGGUGGUGGAGGCUAAGAAGUGGAGGAAUGUCCCUGCACAACACACGUGUUCUAGGAUGUCAGAGCGACGCACCAGGUACAUCCGUCCGGACCAGACCCUGAACAGCACCAUCAGUAGCACAGGCUGUGCUGAGCGGACCGACCAGCAUGUGGGCUACCUGGAACAUGUGGUGGUGCGGGUAUUGAUUGCCCACCCACGGCGGGGAGACCUGGAGGUCAACCUCAUAUCCCCCUCAGGGACCCGUUCUCAGCUACUGGCCAAGAGGUUGUUAGACAACUCUAAUGAAGGUUUCAGGAACUGGGAGUUCAUGUCGGUUCACUGCUGGGGUGAGAAGGCAGUGGGCCAGUGGACCCUGGAGCUCAUAGACUCUCCCUCUUCGCUACGCAACCCAGAGGUGCUGGGUAAACUGAAGGAAUGGACGCUGGUGCUUUAUGGCACCUCUGAGCACCCAUACCAGACUCAGGGGACCCAGCACUCUCGUUCCAGGAUGCUGGAGAUCCCCAGCCCCAGUCUGGAGGCGCCCAGACCGUCUCCGGAUGCCCUCGAACACCAGGAAGAAGAAGAGGAGUAUAACGGGCCGUGCCACAGUGAGUGCGGGGACCAGGGCUGUGACGGGCCUGACGCCGACCACUGUCUCAACUGUAUCCACUACAGCCUGGGCAACCUCAAGACGGGCAGAACAUGUGUGAGCCACUGCCCGCUAGGGUUCUAUGAUGACACCGGGGCCCGAAGGUGUCGGCGCUGUCACAAGGGCUGUGAGAAGUGUGUGGGACGCACCCCCACCCAGUGUCGCUCCUGUCGCAGGGGCCUCUACUUCAACCCCCUCAAUGCCACCUGUUCCGAGACCUGCCCAGCCGGGUACUUCACUGAUGACAUUCAGAGGCAGUGUUUUAGGUGCCAUGAAAGCUGUAUGAAAUGCCUGCGGGAUGCAGACAGGUGCACUGCCUGCAACAAUGGCUACAGUCUGGCAGGGAUGACCUGUGUUCCGGAGUGUGCCAAUGGAACCUUCUUUCAUUUGGAGGAGAUGAAGUGUAGUUCCUGUCACACCUCCUGCUCUACAUGUACAGGUCCGGGUAAAGAGGAGUGUAUCCGGUGUGCCAGAGGAUAUCUGCAGCAGGAGUGGAGGUGUGUUCAGACCUGUGCACCUGGAUACUACUCAGCAGAGACCACUGGCUACCUUCAAGGGGCGUGUCGCAAGUGUGAGGAGAAUUGCCUGAGCUGUGGCGGCCCCGGGACAACCUGUGCCAAGUGUAAAGAUGGCUACAACCUUGUCAGCAGGACGUGCGUUGCAAACGCCUGUAACAAUGCCGACGAGGUGUUCUGUGAGAUGGUGAAGUCCAACCGCCUGUGUGAGAAGAAGCUGUUCCGCCAGUUCUGCUGCAGAACCUGCCUGAUGGCCGGAUGAGAACCACAGAGAACCUGGAGAAGAACCCUAAUGAACUAGAGUGGAACCUAGAAUGGAACCCACUAUUCGUCAUACGUUGUACAUUUAUAAACUAGAUAAUGUAUGUUACUGAAUGGGAAAAUAUGACCUUCACCAGGGUGGGGUCAAUUCUUUUUUCAUCAGUGCAUUCCAUCUUGAUUUUGAACUUUUAAUUCCUGAAUUGAAUUCCUGAACAUGGAAUGGACCUCAAACCUAAAACACACAGUAUUGCUCUGCUCAGUUUUACCCUACAUUGGGUAGAAUUGAUUUUCAAAAGAUAUAUUUUUUAUGUUGUUGUUUUAUAAAAAAAAAUUAUAAUACAUACAGUAUAGUAUGUAAUAUGUACAAAUGUUAAUUUUUUAUUCCAAGGCUGCAUCAUUGCUCGUUGUAAAGUGCAGUACAUUUUAUGACUCAAAACCUUUCUGAAUGAACCACUGUUUUUUUGGGGGGAGUGAUUUGGUCACCUGAAUAAUAUGAUAUGGUAAAUUAAGUGACAGAAUCAUUUAGUAUUGGGGACGUAGAUUUUAGUAAAACAAGAAGACAAUAACUAAACUUUUAUAAGUAAUGCUUGUUUUCCUUUGUGUGCCCUACCAAAUACGAUCAGGAUCAACCUUUUCAUACUUAACAUAAAAAAAUAAUUUAAAAAAGUCUUUACUGUUUUUAUAAAGAAAUGUGUAAAACAAUGAAAUGCUGUAUACUGUACUAUUUCAAAUUCUGUUGUACAUUUCAAAAUGUGUAUUACCUGUUUUAACAUUUGUUUUGUGUAAGAGAGAAAUAAAACACAUACAUUGUGUAU